GGUCCGGUGUUUAGAGGGAGGGAAGGUGGUUGGAGGGGGAAUGUUCGGGGUAGGGUGACGAAACUGGUGUUGACCUGAUGGGUUUAUUACUUACAUAAGGAACUGUAUGUACUGUACACAUGAAAGUUGAAUCAGCUAAGGAAAUUCGCGGCAGGUGAUUGAUGCAGAAUGCGCCAUGGCAUGGAUUUUUGUUAUAGCGUGUGGGGUGGGAUGCAUGUAUGUAAUGUUGUGGUGGUGGUGGUGUGGUUCAUGCGCUUAUAAUUACCGAUGACCCUUCUUCCUUUCUUGGAACACACCUCGUUUUUUCUCGUCCCAACUAUUUUUUGUUUUGUUUUUGUUCGAUCGUUUUGUCGUUCGUUUGACAGUCUAUCUUGCGGUGUGAACGAGAGCAGAUAUAUGUUGUUCUUGAGUUUGGAAACAUACCUAUGCGAAUAAUAACGUGGUAAUUUUGUUGGUGUAUAAUACUGAAGACAUAAUAUGGCGGACGCUGUGGUGGGAUCGCCGGCUGCCGAUGAGGUCAGGCCGUACAAGAUACAUGUUGUACAGGUUCCGACGAGGCAUCUCCACCUCGCACGACAGAAGCUUGAGCUCACUAGACUGCCUCAUGAGGGGUCUCUGCCAAAGUCGACCGAGUGGUGGGAGCCAAAGCCUGUUAUCGAGCCGCUGAUUGACUACUGGCUUGAAAAGUACAACUUUCGCGAUAUCGAGUCCAACCUCAACGCCAACAUCCCCCAGUUUCGGACCUCGAUUGCCUUGUCGGAAUCGGCAUCCCCUCUCAGGAUUCACUUCAUCCAUGCCCGGUCCUCUUCCGCCAACGCUCUUCCUCUCUUGGUGCUGCCACCAUUCCCACUAACCAACCUCUCCCUCUCCCACCUCAUCAACCCCCUCACAACCCCAUCCGACCCGACUCAUCAAGCUUUUCACGUCGUCAUACCCUCUUUGCCAGGAUUGGGCUUCUCCGACUCCAUUCCCGCGAACCGCUCACCCAUAGACGCCACGGUCUCGAUAUUUAACACAUUAAUGACCUCCCGAUUGGGCUAUAGGCACUACCUGACAACUAACACGUCCCCCGGCUCCUCUUCGCCAUCUCAAAUCGACUUCCACCUCGCCCACGCCAUCUCCACGACCUACUCUGACUCCUGCCUGGGAACCCAUCUAAUCUCCCCUGUCCUCUCUGCUCCAAAACUCACAAGCUCACCCAUCGAAUUCGCAAAAUGGUCUCUAGCCUGGUUCUUCAGGGGUGGUGUGGCUGGCUAUGAAGAGCGGGACUUCCUGGGGUACUACUCCCACCCUUCUUCACCACCAAUCACAGAGAUAAGAGACCCGAAUACCCUGGCAUACGGACUGUGUGACUCCCCAGUUGGAAUGCUGGCUUUUGUGUUGAGGCACCUGCGACAAAUCGCCAGCGGUAAUGGUGGGGUUGUAGGAUCAACAGGGACAUUCACAAGAGAGGAAUUGAUCACACUUACGAACUUGGCCUGGUUACCUGGACCGGAAGGGCUGUUGCGGUUUUGGUCGGGCACUUCGCUGCAUCACUCUUCUCAUCAGCUGCCGGUGAAAGCACCAACAAAGCCGAAAGUUGCGAUUACGGUCUUUGCGAGUUCGUACUCUUCCUCGACAGCGACUGCAGCACCAGCAGCAACGAACGAAAAGGACGAUGUGGAGCAGCUUGAUUUGUCUGGUAUUGGUGGAAACCAGGGAAGAGCACAGUCGACAUUCUAUCCACCUGCCUGGGCGCACGGCUCGUACUCGGUGCUGCACACUUCCCGCGUUGAUUCGCAGCCUCCGUCAUCACUACUGCUGUUUGAGCAGCCGGACAUAAUCUACGAUGGGAUCCGGGCUUUGGCGAAGGAGGUGCUGAAGAUAGACAAGAGGAUCAUACCAGUGGCCCCCCUGACUGGUGUUGUGGUUGAGCCUGCUUCCACCGCCACGCCUCAGCCAACAACAGCAACACAGCAGCCCAAACCGGAAAAGACGAUCAAACCUGUUCUUGCGGAGCCACCAAUUCUGCGAACAAUAAAGGAAGAGAAGACCGAGGACAAGGGCAAGGGGAAGGAUGUCCUCAAGGAUGAGGGUUUGCUGUCACCGCCUACCAUUCCCGCGGUAAAGAGGGAGUUGAGUGAUGGGAGUGGCGGCAUCAGCAGCCCGGACACACUAGUUGAGAGUUCCCCCUCACCGUUGGGGAGGUCUUAGAUUUCUUUUGUUGAUGAGAGAUGUCUCGAACUGUUGAAAGAAUGUUAUGAAAAGGAAGGGAACUUUGAUGGGGGUUUGCUUCUCGGUUGGAAAGAUUUUACACACAAAUUUUGAUUCUAUGAUACCAAUCUUCUUUUUUUUGGACGAGGUUUUACAUUCGAUUCCACGAUACCAGAGGCUUAAUGGACUAAGCAACAACUUUUUGGGUGCGAGAAGGAUUAUUUGGAUGAUAUAUACAACAGCAAUUAUACGCAUGACUGCUUUGUUUACAGUCCUCGAAUUUCAUGUCUCUCCACGAUGUCUGUGCAU